GCCAAAGUGAAAGCACUUGGGCUGGGACUGGGGCAGGAGUCAGGACUCCCAGGAGAGGGAGUGCGCAGCCCUGCCAGCACUGGGACCCUGAGGCUGGGGACAGAGUCCAGCCUCCCUGCUCACAGGCGAGUAGCCAAGUGGGAGCAGUGGUGCGGUAUCUGCCCCCCCCUUGGGGGGGCGGGACAGGGCCUCGGGCCUGGGCGCUGCCUGGCACCUGGAAGAUGCCUGUGCCCUGGUUCCUGCUGUCCUUGGCACUGGGCCGGAGCCCCGUGGUCCUCUCUCUGGAGAGGCUCGUGGGGCCUCAGGACGUUGCUCGCUGCUCUCCGGGUCUUUCCUGCCACCUCUGGGAUGGUGACGUGAUCUGCUUGCCUGGGAGCAUCGUGUCUGCCCCGGGCCCUGUGCUGGUGCCCACAUGCCUGCAGACAGAGCUGGUGCUGAGGUGCUACCAGGAGACAGACUGUGACCUUUGUGUGCGUGUGGCUGUUCACUUGGCUGUGCACGGGCAUGGGGAAGAGCCUGAAGAUGAGGAAAAGCUUGGGAGAACAGCUGACCCAGAGCUUGAGGAGCCUAGGAAUGGUGAGGAGAACCUGGCUAGCCCAACUGCCCCUCACCAGGCCUACUCUACUGCCCGCUGUGUCCUGCUGGAGGUGCAAGUGCCUGCUACCCUGGUGCAGCCGGGUCAGUCUGUGGGCUCUGUGGUAUUUGACUGCUUCGAGGCUGCUCUGGGUUCUGAGGUGCGAAUCUGGUCCUACACUCAGCCCAGGUAUCAGAAGGAACUCAACCUCACGCAGCAGCUGCCUGACUGCAGGAGGCUUGAAGUCCGGGACAGCAUCCAGAGCUGCCGGGUCCUGCCCUGGCUCAAUGUGUCUGCCAAUGGUGACGAUGUACGCCUGGUGCUGGACGUCUCUGAGGAGCAGCAGUUCGGCCUCUCCCUCUACUGGAACCAGGUCCCAGGCCCUUCAAAAUCCUUGUGGCACAGAAAUCUGACUGGGCCACAGACCAUUACCUUGAACCACACAGACCUGGUUCCCUGCCUCUGUAUUCAGGUGUGGCCUUUGAAGCCCGAUUCCACCAGGACAAGCACCUGCCCCUUUAGUGAGGACCCCCGUGCAUACCAGAACCUCUGGCUUGUCGCCCAGCUGCAGCUGCUGCCCCCACGGGGCUGGCGGCUGGAUGCUCCAUGCUCAGUACCCGCCACGGCCACACUGUGCUGGCAGGCACCGGACAGGGGCCCCUGCCAGCCGCUGGUCCCACCACUGCUCCAAGAGAAUGUCACUGUGAAUAAGGUCCUUGAGUUCCCGUUGCUAAAAGGUCACCCCAACCUCUGUGUCCAGGUGAGCAACUGGGAGAAUGUGCAACUGCAAGAGUGCCUGUGGGCUGACUCCCUGGGUCCCCUCAAGAAUGACAUGCUGCUGGUAGAGACACGAGGUCCCCACAACAACAAAUUGCUCUGUGCCUUAGAACCCAGCGGCUGCACCCCCUUGCCCAGCAAGGGCUCCACGAGGGCAGCUCGCCUUGGAGAGCAGUUACUACGAGACAUGCAGUUAGGCCAGUGUGUACAGCUGUGGGAUGAGGACCUGGGAGCACUAUGGGCCUGCCCCAUGGACAAGUACAUCCACAAGCGCUGGGCCCUGGUGUGGCUGGCCUGCCUACUUUUUGCCGCGGUGCUUUUCCUUCUCUUCCUUCUCAAAAAGGACCACGUGAAAGGGUGGCUGAGGCUCUUGAAGGACAUCCACGCAGGGGCUGAGUCGGCCGCUAGGAGCCGAACGGCUCUGCUCCUCUACUCCGCCGAUGACGCUAGCUUCGAGCGCUUGGUAGGCGCCCUGGCGUCGGCGCUGUGCCAGCUGCCGCUGCGCGUGGCCGUGGACCUGUGGAGCCGCCGUGAGCUGAGCGCGCUGGGGCCCCUGGCCUGGUUCCACGCGCAGCGGCGCCAGACCCUGCAGGAGGGCGGCACGGUGGUGCUUCUGUUCUCUCCCGGGGCCGUGGCGCUGUGCUGUGAGUGGAUGCAGGACCGGACGUCGGCACCCGGGGCGCGCGGCCCGCACGACGCUUUCGCCGCCUCGCUCAGCUGCGUGCUGCCCGACUUCUUGCAGGGCCGGGCGCCUGGCCGCUACGUCGGGGCCUACUUCGACACACUGCUCCACCCGGACGCCGUGCCCGCCCUUUUCCGCACCGUGCCCGUCUUCUCACUGCCCUCGCAGCUGCCAGACUUAAUAGGGACCCUGCAGGGGCCCGGUGCCCCCCGCUCUGGACGGCUAGCGGAGAGAGCAGAGCAAGUGUCCCGGGCACUGCAGCCCGCCCUGGACAGCUGCUUCCGGCCCCCUGCGGGUCCUGGGGACUCCAGGGACGGCACGUGGGUUGGGACCUGAGCAGGGGACAGGACUUGAAUAAAGGCAGACGCUAUUUUUCGA